UAAAGAUUGUCCUGAGCUGUGCCCUUAACCUUGCCCUGUGAGCACCCUUUCCGUCUCAUGAUAAAUAUCGCUUCUCCCACCGCCGCCGCCUCCUGAGCACUUUCGCCUCUCACACACCUGCUUCCCGUCGCCGCGAUGGCGCCCCAAUACACUUACAAGUACCAACAACUCGGCACGCACCUCAAGACCAACCGCAAGCUGCAGGGCAUUGUCGGCGCCGGCUUCAUAUUCCUCCUAUUCGCGGGCAUCUGGGCAUGGACGCCGCGGCAUUACCAUACCUCGGAGGAGAAACCCGAUUCGCCAUCCAUACCAGCACCCGUGUUUGCGACAGGGAAGGGGUGGAAGGGCGGCCGCCCAGCGUAUACCUUCGCCGACGGAACGACGUAUGAGAAGCCCCCGGAGAUCAAGGUUCAUGCGUUGGUGUUCUAUGGGAGGUGGGAUAGAGUGCAAGUGCUGGAUUGUUAUCUACGAAAAAAUCUUGUCAAGAAUGGCGGGUUUUUGGAUAAGGUCGUGUUUGUGUCCAAUACGGCGGAUGAGCACGAUCUCGCGGCGCUCGAGAAGAUUUUGAAAAACGAACCGGAGGGAUACGUUCGUGGUCGUAAGAUGAAGCCGACCAAGGAUAAGCUAGACUUUCAUAAUGCUUGGGAGGGUGUGGAAUCGGAUGUGCUUUAUAUCAAGAUCGACGAUGAUAUUCUUUACAUCCACGACGAUGCGAUCCCGCAGCUGGUGCAAUACCGCAUCACACAUCCGGAGUACCUGAUGAUCUCCGCCAACGUAAUCAAUAACCCGGAGCUAUCUUGGGUGCACACACGUAUGGGCGCCGUGCACCCCUUCCUUCCAGAGAUGACGCCGCCCAAAGGCUUCAACCCCGUUGCUCACCUCGCAGACUGGAAAAUAUCCAAACUCCCGCGCAUCAAGUCUUCCAUCGCCUCGGAAGACGCCUACAUAACCCCCGCUCACCCGCACCGUUGGCUGCCCGCUGAUGUCAGUAUGGACUUCACCCCCGUCUCCGGGACAGAGUACAAUGCCUUCGGCCCCGGAUGGAACGACUGGCGAGUGGCGGCACAGCAGCACUACUCAUUUUUCCAGAACGCCGAGAAAGGCGCGACAGGGCUGGCAGCGUAUCAAUUUGACACCUGGGAUAUGAACUAUGAGCGCCUAAGCAUCAACAUGGUGACUAUCUGGGGGAAGGACGUGAUCAAGGCUUUCCCGAUACCUAGGGACGAUGAGGCCCAUCUUACACAGGUUGUUUCUAGACUUACUAAGAGACAUGUGGUGGUUAAUGGGCAGGCACUUGCGGCGCAUUAUGCGUAUGGUGUGCAGAAGGACGGUCUGGCGAAGACGGAUGUGCUCCAGAGGUAUAGGGCAUAUGCACAAGAGUAUUGUGGGAAGCUACUUGUUUGAGCUCGUUUUAGAUUUUUGUACGCUUUCAGUGAUACCAAUGGAUUUGUUUCAUGUAUGAUAUAUAGAAUUCUUCGAGAUACGGUCAAGUUGAUUACGGGAUGGGAGGAUGGGGAUAGAGAGAGGGAGAUCAAUUUAUUAUUGCAUACGGC